UCAUUGAUCCUCUCACUUGAAACACUCUUGUGUUGGAAAAGUGCACCAGAAUCAGUUCGUCGUCGUGGAACAAGUGCUUUAGAGUGGCCAAAGAAAAUUUAAGUGAGGCUCUGCUGGAGGUGAAAAAAACCCACAUUUUCACCCCCAAAAGAACACACUAGAGCCCCCAGAUUGAGCCUCCACGGGACAUUUUCCACACCACGGACUCGAAAAAGUGUGUGGAGAACUUUUUUUUCUUCUCCCUCAGUAGCUGGAAGAAAAAAAAAUUUUUGGUGGAAAAAAACUGUGUAAGCUGGAAAAGCUGGGAGUAGUUUUGUGUGGGACAUUGGAGUGUACUUUAAAAAAGAAAAGUGUAUAUAUCUCGUAGAAAAAAAUGGGUAGUGCUUCGUAUAGCCCCAAAAUGGGGUACAAUUUUCUGAGUUAAAAAUAAUGCCACCCCCCCUACCCCCUAAAUUUUAUAGCUUCUGGGCUGGGGGUCAGAAAAAUUCCCACGAAAAGGAAAAACUCGGAAAAUGUGCCUGUGAGUGAAUUUGAAAAGUGCGUGAGCUGAGAAUAAAAAAAUUCUCAGUAUUUGGUGAAUUUGAAAUCCCUGAAACAGUCAGGAAAAGCUCCUUCCGUGAAAGCUCCCCCCUCCGCCUCCCUACAAGAGAAAAAUCACUUUCCCACUAUGGACGACGAUGGACUAUAGCAUUUUCCUCUGAGUCUCUGUUGGAAGAAAAAAAAAUGUUCUAAAGGAUAUCUCAUUGGAGAAGAAAAAGAGAAAAUAAAUCACAAGUGAAGGGAGUGAGGUGGUUUAUAAGUGAAGGAAAAGUACCAGUCGAAGAACAUCGUGAGAAAACAUUAAAUUAAAGAACGAGCAACGUGUGGAUUUUCGGGAGAUAUGCCGCUAGAAAGUCUGACUUCAAUUGCUAAAUAAACCGCGGAUUUUCCGCGGUGUAUUAUGUCUCGAGAAGCCUACACUUCAGCACCGGCCAUCAGUUCUGGCGCACGAAGUCCUGGCCGUUCAACACGCCGCAUCACAGAACUCCCGACAGUUGAUCGUUCACCGUCACGAGAAUACGGUACGAGAGGAAGUCCUAUAGGACGAAACUUACGCUUUUCACGUUCCGGCAAUUCCUUCUUCCCAAUGAAUUACGGUCCUGAAUCUUCCACUUAUCACCACAAUUCCGUUGCAGCAAUGGGCAGCCCAUACUAUCGGGAUAUGGAUGAGCCCACAAGUCCGGCUGGCGGGGGCCACCAUCGCAGCAGGAGCGCCAGCCGGCCACCUAUUUCACACGCCAUGGAUUAUACCCGCACACGCUAUCAAUCCCUGGAUAGGGGAGGCCUUGUGGAUCCCCACGAUCGCGAAUUCAUCCCCAUCCGCGAGCCACGUGAUCGAUCGCGAGAUCGCAGCCUCGAACGCGGAUUGUACCUCGAGGAUGAACUCUAUGGACGUUCAGCAAGACAAAGUCCGAGCACAUUGAAUCUGGCAACUGAUCGCUCCUACCUGGGCGACCUGCAGCACCAAAAUUCGGAUUUGCAGCGAGAAUUGGGUCAGCUGAAACGCGAAUUAGAUCUAACAAAUCAGAAACUAGGCAGCUCGAUGCACAGCAUCAAGACAUUCUGGUCGCCAGAAUUAAAGAAGGAGCGCGCUCUCCGAAAGGAAGAGAGUGCUAAAUAUAGUCUUAUAAAUGAUCAACUAAAGUUGCUGAAUAAUGAAAAUCAGAAACAAGCAAUGCUCGUGAGACAACUUGAAGAGGAACUUCGUAUGCGAAUGCGACAGCCUAGUAUUGAGAUGCAGAAUCAAAUGGAGCAACUUUAUGCUGAAAAUGAGCACCUCACGAGAGAAAUUGCCAUUCUCCGUGACACCAUAAAGGAGUUAGAACUGAGAAUUGAAACACAGAAGCAAACGCUCCAAGCUCGUGAUGAGAGUAUCAAGAAAUUGUUGGAAAUGCUUCAAAGCAAGGGUAUGGGGAAAGAGGAGGAGCGUCAAAUGUUCCAGCAAAUGCAGGCAUUGGCACAGAAACAGCUCGACGAAUUCAGACUAGAAAUUCAGCGUCGUGACCAAGAAAUUAUGGCAAUGGCGGCAAAAAUGAAGACACUGGAGGAGCAACAUCAGGACUAUCAGCGUCAUAUUGCCGUUCUCAAGGAGUCUCUCUGUGCCAAAGAAGAACACUAUAAUAUGCUACAAGCGGAUGUUGAAGAACUACGUGCUCGUUUAGAAGAGAAAAAUCGUUUAAUCGAGAAAAAAACUCAAAACGCUUUACAGGCUGUUCAGGAACGUAAUCGAUCAACAAAUGAACUGGCCGAGCUCAAGGAUCACAUGGAUAUUAAGGACAGAAAAAUCAAUGUCCUCCAGCGAAAGAUUGAAAAUCUUGAAGAUUUACUGAAAGAAAAAGAUAAUCAAGUGGAUAUGGCGAGAGCAAGAUUGUCAGCAAUGCAAGCUCACCAUUGCAGUUCAGAAGGCGCCUUGACAAGUCUCGAAGAGGCCAUUGGUGACAAGGAGAAACAAAUGCAGCAACUCCGAGCGUCCAAAAUUCGAUUUUGCAGCGAUCAACGUGAUCGUGCUGAACAAGAAAAGCACGAGGAACGUGAAUUGCACGAACGUGAGAUAGCUGAGUACAAAAUGAAGAUGCACUCGUUGGAAAGUGAGGUGGAUAAAUUGAAUAUGCGAUUGGAUCGAGCUCUAACUGAGAAAGAACGUCUUGAGGCACGUCUCGAGAAUUCCCAAAGUGAAUUAGGAAAGUCCAAAGCUGAAUUGGAUAAAGCUACAAGUGAGUAUGGUGCUUAUGGACAGGUGGGACGUAGUGGUACUGAAUGGGAAUCUACGAGACAGAGAAUGCAACGUCUUGAGAUGGAAAAUGAACGUCUUCGACAUGAUUUGGAACGAUCCCAGGAUCUUGCUAAAACAUCUUUUCAGACCACCUUUGGCAGGAACACCCUAUCGACAUCCCAAGAGCUCGAUAGGGCUCAGGAGCGUGCUGAUAAGACAUCAGCUGAACUCAGACGAACCCAGGCUGAACUUAGAGUUACUCAGGACGAGCCACAAAAUUUUUCCGACGCAGAGAGGGCUCGAGCUGAGGCAGCUUCGCUCCAGGAAAAACUCGAGAAGAGCCAGGGUGAGGUGUAUAGGCUGAAGGCUAAGUUGGAGAAUGCUCAGGGUGAGCAGGAGAGUCUCCGACAGGAAUUGGAGCGUUCUCAUGGUGGUGUCCAACGCAUUCACGCUGAACGCGAUAAAGCCCUGCUGGAGCUUGAGAAAGCCCGUGAGGAGUUGGAACGCACCCAAGCAACACUGGGCAAGGCACAAUUGCAACAGGAGAAACUGCAAAAUGCUCUGGAUAAGGCACAAAAUGAGGUUGAUCAUCUGCAGGAACGUCUAGACAAGGGUGUUGCGGAAUCUCGGCGUUUGCAAUUGGAGAAGGAGAAGCAAGCCUAUGACUUUGAGAAUCUCCAGUCACAGCUAGACAAAGCACUGGGUCAAGCAUCGAGGAUUCAGAAGGAGCGUGAGACCAUUCAGCUCGAUGCUGAACGCUUCAAGGAUAAGACUGAGAAGAUUCAACUGAACCUGGGACGAUUGCAGAAAGAACGAGAUGCGUUGUUUGAGGAAUGUGAGAAGAACAAGGAAAGGGCUGAAACUACACAGAGUCUCCUACUUAAGAGUCAACGUGACAAGGAUCAGAUUCAGACGGAACUGGAUGUGGUCAAGGAGCGCUGGGAGAAAGCACAUAGUGUUCACCAGAAACUUCAGAUGGAACGCGAUGAUGCUUUCUCUGAAAUUGAGAUUCUCAAGGAGAAACUCGAUAAAUCCCUCUAUGCCAGUCAGAAGUUGAUUGAUGAGAAGGACAAUUCCACCAAGGAGUUCGAGAAGAUGCUUGAGAAGUAUGAUAGAGCACAAAAUGAAAUCUAUAGACUCCAAUCGCGAUGUGAUACGGCCGAAGCGGAUCGGGCUCGUCUCGAAGUUGAGGCUGAAAGAUCAGCAUUGGCCGCCACAAAAGCACGAGAGGACUUGAGAAAACUCCAAGAAGAGACCACGAGACUGCAGGAAGCAUGCGAUAGAGCAGCGAUGCAGCUCACGCGAACCAAAGAACUCGAGGAUAAGGCUCGCGAGGAGUCUGAUUUGACGAGGGAACGCAUGGAUAAGGUACAGGCAGAGCUUAGACGCACACAGGCUGAGAAAGAGCAUCUCCAGGCCGAGGUGGAGAGGUUGACAUACGAAGUGGAUAGAGCACACAACUCCUACACAAAACACACUGCCGCAUUGGAUUCCGCACAAGAGGAAGCCGCCCGUUUCAGCCUUGAGCUUGAGAAGUUGAGGGAUAGAUAUGAGAAGAGCCAGGCGGAAGUUAGACGACUGCAGGAGCUAGAAACGUAUACUCGUGAGUCGCGUCGUUCGAAGGAGGAGAACGAGCGUCUACGAGAUAAGUUGGACAAAGCUAUGAAAGAGCUGGAAACUAUUCGUGGAAAGUCUCAGUACGAAGAGGAGACCUUCCAGAAAAUCCGAGAAAAGCUCGAACAGAGGGAAAAUGAGACGCAGAUUGUCGAGGCAAAAUUGCACGAGGCCACGUUGCAGCUGGAGCUAUCGAAACAGGAAGUGGCCAAGUUGAUUUCCAACCAGGACAAACAGAGGAGCGAACUGGAGAGAGCACAUAUCGAGUGUGAGAAGAUUCGCGAUAAACAUGACAAGCUCAUCAAGGAGGUUGAACGCAUGAGAACUCAUCCUAACGCCAUCUCACCAUCGAUGAUGCCCACCCUUACAGCUGCAGACAAGGGAGAGGUUGAUCGGCUGCGGGAUCGUUUGGAGAAAGCCCUCCAGAGUCGAGAUGCCACAGAAAUGGAAGCCGGAAGGUUGGCUAAGGAGCUAGAAAAAGCCCAAAUGCACCUGGCUAAGCAACAAGAAGCUGCUGAAGCUACAAGGAUUGAGUUUGAAAGGAUGUCAGCGGAAUUGGGACGCGUGCAUGAGCGUCUGGAGCGUGCAGAGGCUGAAAAGGAAUCCCUUCGUCAGUCAGCCCGUAUGUUCGAAAAACAGAACAUGCAAACUAACCAGAUUGAGAAGAAUAUCAUGAAAAUGGAAGCUGAUGCUAAGCAAUUGACAGUGGAGAGGGACCAAUUGGUGAUGCAGUUGGAAAAGAGUCAGGACAUGCUGAUGAAUUUCCAGCAGGAACUCAAUGCCACGGAGCAGGAGCUCCAGAGGCAGCGUGAAGAGAAUAGACGCCUUAUUGGCGCCAUGAAGGGCCAACCACCAAGUUCACAGGAAAUGCAAGCCCUGAAGCAAGAGAUUGCCAUCCUCAAGCAGCGCCUUCAGGAAACUGGCGCUCGUGGGGAUAAUGAGCUAGAGCAGUGGCGUAAAGUUGUGGAACAGGAGAAGAUUCGAGCUGAUGAGGCUGAGAAGAUAGCCACGGAACUUCACAAGAGGGUUCAGAUGCUAGAGAAGCAAUUGCAGCAGCAAAUGAACCAAAUGGCCAAUAUUCAGAAGCAACAGGCUCAGCAAAACGCACAAGUGUCCAGUCAGGAGGUGGAGCAAAUGCGCAAAGACCUCCAGACGGCCACAGUAGAGAGAGAUAGGUUCCAAGCUCAGCUCGAAAUGCUCGUCCAGGAAUUGGAGAAGAGCCAGGUUACAAGUUCUCAAACUCUUUUGGAUUUGCACGAGGCAAACAAGAAAUUGCAGUCAAUGCAGCAGAACAAUGUCCAGAAGGGCGCUCCUGUGGAUGAGGCCCAGAGGAAGCAACUGGAAGCCCAGGCUCGUCAGAUAGAGGAGACUAAGAAACAGAUUGAAGCUCAGGUGAAGACAAUUGAGAAUGAGCGUCGUCUGCUUGAGGAGCAACGUAAAACUGUCGAGAGCAAACGCAAGGAAGUUGAGGAGAAGGAGAAGAAUCUGGCUGAGUUUGAUAGGCAGCUGAAGAAGCGCAAGGAACAAAUGGAUCAACUGGAGAAGUCACUGCAGAAGGCAGGUGGAACUGCAGCAGCUGCCGGUGAGCUCAACAAAAAGUUAACAGAAACCCAACGACAAUUGGACGCAAUCACCAAGCAAUUCGAAGAGGCGAAGGAGGAGGCAAAGAGAGCAGCAACGGAGACAGAGAGACUCCUUCAGCUAGUGGCCAUGAGCCAAGAGGAGCAGAAUGCCAAGGAAAAAACCAUUAUGGAACUACAGCAAGCCCUCAAGAAUGCCCAAGUUAAGAGUCACCACGCACAGCAGCAGCUUGAGGAGCAACGAAAGAAAGAGGAGGCUGGACCGGCUGGUUUUCUCAAGAGCUUUUUCUAAAUUAACCCAAAAAACAAAUUAUAACACAAGAGAAAAAAAAACAGAUAUUAAUCAAGUGCAUAAAGAGUAUUAAACUAAAAAAAAUCAUCAUACCAAAUACUUAAAAAAAUA